UCUAACUUCUAUUCUCACCUCAAUUCUCACUUCCCUAACUUCCUAACUAGUUCUCUUUUGCUGUGUAAUUCGAUAGAACGUGGGUGCAUUUGAUUUUUGAUUCUCCUUAUUUUAAAUUUUCUUUUCAUCGGGUAUUUUUCUGGUUUAGAGCUGCGUCUCUGGGAUAAAAAACAACUAGCUAUUUUUUUUAAGCAUUUGGAUGAUUUCGAUUCAAAUAGUUUUUUAUUGUUGCCGAUGUGUUUGUUUUCACUUGUGGAGAGGAUAGCUUUGAAUCAUUGCUGCAUUAUCAUCCUCUGUAUCCGUAAUCUGUUGGAUUUUGUCCAUUACAAUGCUUCGUGGAGUACAGAGUUCGAUCAUUUUGGAAGAUAAGGCCGAAGUUCCUUCUGUGAUGGUCGAGAAGGAGGCUGCAGAAUCAAUUUCAAGCUCACCUAAAGAUGUGCAAACUAACAAAGGUGAACCAUCACGACAGAUUGAUAUAGCUGGGGAGAUUAGCAUGGAGGCCUCCAUGACAACUGAUGAUGUUUUACGGGCUGGAGGAUUUGGUGCGAGGGAUGAUAUUGGUAGUUUUCUUCCUGUUGCAAGUGAUUCUACUGACUUUGAAGCUACAAUUCUCAAUGCCCGAGACUAUGAAGGACCACAGGGGAAAAUUUCUAGACCGGGCCUUGGCUGGAAAGAUGCUAACAAAGACUGAGUAGUUAUGCUUUGAGAAUUUUGUUUGUGUCCAUCUACAGUCAUUUGAUGCUCGUUUUGUGACCUGUUUUAGAUACAAGAUGUUGUAAGGGAGUGGCUUUCUGGAAUAUUCUUUGUCCAGGAGCAAGGAUCGAGAAUGGGUCAUAUGUAGAUUUCCUCUCCACCAAUGUCCACCAUUUGGAGCCAAAGUGAGCCUGCCACUCAUCUUGGGAGCUACAAUGAGGCAGAUAUUGCUUACAUCCUGGAAGAGCUCUGAAACUCCACGUAAGGAACUUCUGAUAGAAAGAGAGUGGAUGGAAUGUAGCUCAAUUGUGAUAGCAACUUCUCAACUCUCUGCAUUACAAAGUAGAGCUUACAAAUUGAAUUAUUUGUCUCUUCAGAUUUGAAGUACAUGGCCAAUUCUAGACAGUACAGAGUUGUUCCAUCUGCGACAAAUUGGCUGGCUUUAAUCGGGUCUUUGGGAUCAAAGGAAGAUCUCCAAUUAUUUAGGAUACCAGUUCUGUUUAUUAGAACAAAGCCUUCAAUAUAAUCGAAGGAGAACUUGGAGGAUAUCAGAUGCUCUUGGUCCUUGGAGAAUAUUGUGAAGUCUGAGUACAAGGGUAUUUUUACCAUUUUCGGUGCUGAUUCGAGAGAAAUCCUUGCCCUUGUGAUGAUGCCAAACUGACCAAGUCCUCCUAGUACACCAUAAAACAGAUCGGCAUUAUGCUGCUCCGAACAGCAUUAGGGGGAAUGGAAUACCAUGAUGCUGUACAAGUACAACUGGGCGUAAUUAAACUAGUCUUAAAAUAAGGUAGCGACGCCAAUUUUGGGUGGUUGAGAUUGUUGGGUGAGACCUAUUAAAAGCACUGUAAGUUGUUGUGAAUUGGAUUGAUUUUAUUACUAUACUUGUUUUGAGAAAAGUCAGAUGGAAAGUGAAUUGAAUUGAAGUGAAGGGGCAGUGGUGAGUUGAAAUGGACGACCAUUUGGAGUUCCUUUGGGAUGUUGAUGUAUGGAAAAUGGUCCAAAGUCUUACAGGUAUUGAUCAUUGUAGAUAAGGUGUCACGCGGGUCCCCAGACAUGUGAUCACCACGAGGAACCAUUGGUAUUGACCUGCCUUACUGUAUCUUACUCUUUCCCCUUGUUUGAAUAUCGUUGCUGAAGAAGUUUGUUUUUGGAAAUCACUGGGGAGGACAGUGCUUAGAAUUCUAGUGAAUGGUUGGGAACAGAUGGGUAUGUGAGGCAUGUAAACUGAUGAAGUAGUAACAAAACAUAGUACAAUUAUUGUAGAAGUUGUCUCUUCUAUAGGAGGGUUGUUGCAGGAGCUUUAAAGCAAGCACCAUGAUGACCUCGUGGUAGAAAGCAACGUGGUCGUCCCUAUCCAUUUUUAUUCAGUGACAUCCAUCUUGUCACAAGCUGCAUCGAUGUCAACCGAUGUGGCCUUCGACCUUUUGAAUGACGAUAGUAUUAUGUUUAUUGCUGAGCAGAUGUUUUCAUGAGAUGAUGUGAUGUACAAAAAUAGGCUCAUGGAGGAUUUAUUCUAUUUCUUUUCUUUUUUUUUUUGGAAUAAAAAAAAUUUAACUU